AGCCAAAGCAGUGGAAGAUGCGACUCGUGAGAUUCGUCGUCUGGAGGAGCGUUUACGUACCGCCGACUCGGACAAGACUGUCUCAGAGAAUGCUCGUAAGCAACUCGAAGACGAAAUCCGUCGUAUGAAGAUCUUACUCGAUCAAACGGUCGCAGAUGGUGAGCGUAAAGCUCUCGAAGAUGCCGAAAAUCAAAUGCGUCUUCUCGAGGACGACUAC